AUGGCGGCGUCCUUUGGAACUGCUACGGCGUCGGCGACUGAGAAUGCCCUCAAAUCAUCCACUUGUUUACAGCUCUGUCAUCGCCCUUUCCUCAGUUCGAGCUCCAAGGUGUCAUUUCGACUCUCUCACAAGCCCAAGCUCCGAUUCUCCUCCAAGAGUUUGCAGUAUGGUUGGAACUGUUCUGCUGUGGUGAGAGCUCAAUUGAAUGAGGUUGCUGUGGAUGGAUCUGCAAAGGCUGCGGCCACCACUCCUGUUAAAUCAGAGGUAUCAUCUGCAGCCAAGGAUGUCAAGAACUCAGUUGAGUCUCCAACUCCCACUUUGGCCUCAGAAGAAUCAUUAUCUGUGUUUUUUACUCAAGUAGCAAGUCUUGUCAAGUUAGUUGAUUCUAAAGAUAUUGUGGAACUGCAGUUAAAACAACUUGACAGUGAAGUUUUAAUACGUAAAAAGGAGGCUUUGCCUCCUCCACCUUCUGCUCCUGUGACAAUGGUGCAUUCUCAUGCUCAACCUGCGAUACUUCCUCCAGUCCUGGCACCUUCUCCACUGCCGACUCAUGCACCAUCUGCUGCACCAACCGCAGCACCUUCUCCUAAAGCUCAAACAUCUGAUUCAUCUCUUCCACCACUUAAAUGCCCCAUGGCGGGGACAUUCUACCGAAGUCCAGGACCUGGUGAACCGCCAUUUGUGAAGGUUGGAGACAAAGUACAGAAGGGGCAGGUUCUAUGCAUCAUUGAGGCAAUGAAGUUGAUGAAUGAAAUAGAGGCUGAUCAGUCGGGAACAGUAGUUGAGAUCCUUGCCGAGGAUGGCAAGUCUGUCAGUGUUGACAUCCCUCUCUUUGUGAUCAAACCAUAG